AUGUUUGUACUAUAACACCGACCCGCCAGCUGUCAAAAAUGACGCUUCCGUCAACAUUGAGUAAAACAUUAAAAAUAGACAUGUUUCAGUAAAUGUCAUUGUAAGAUAAAAGUGUAGUUAUACUUGCAUACAAAUAAAGUUGUGUUAAAUAGGUCAAUAAUUAUCCAGUAAUCAAUAGAAGAUAUAGAAACCGGAUAUUUAUCGCUUGGCCAGUCAGUUUUUCUACUGUUUCUAAUAGAGGAAAAAUUAUUUUUACACCAAUGGGAGGCAAACAAAGUAAAGCAAAUACCUACAGUGCACAAAGUGAACCAGAUCAACCUACAAAACACAGGAAGGACAUGGAUAAACAAGAAGAGGAACAAGAAAUUGGAUCUGGAACGCCCAAAACAGCAAUAAUUGUUGGGGCAGGACAACGUGGACAUGGAUACCCUUAUUAUGCUGUUGUGUUUCCUAAACAAUUAAAGAUUGUUGGUGUUUGUGAACCAAGAGAUUACCACAGAGAUUAUGAGGCCGAACUGCACAAAAUUCCACCAGAAAAUGUCUUCAAAGAUUGGAAGGAGGCAGUUGAACGUGACAAGUUUGCAGACAGUGUGAUUAUUUGUACUCCAGACAGACUUCACAAAGAACCAGCUAUUGCCUUUGCCAAGAAGGGUUAUCAUAUUCUACUUGAAAAACCUAUGGCUGUUACUGAGGAAGAUUGUAGGGAAAUCGUGUCUGCAGUGAAAGAAAAUAACGUUAUCUUAUCUGUGUGCCAUGUAAUGAGGUACAUUCCAUGGGUGAAAAAAGUGAAAGAAAUAAUUGAUAGUGGUGAGAUUGGUGAAGUUGUCAACAUUAGUCAUACAGAACCUGUAGGUUUUUGGCAUUUUGCACAUUCUUACGUGAGAGGAAAUUGGCACAAGGAGGCAGAUAGUUCUUUCUCACUACUGGCAAAGUGUUGCCAUGACAUUGACCUACUUACAUACUGGAUGAGGGGGAAACCAUGCCAACGAGUUUCCUCAUUUGGAAACCUCAGUCAUUUCCAUGAAGGAGAUAAGCCAGUAGGAGCUACAAAGAGAUGUUUAGAUUGUCCUGAAAGUGUUGAAAAAUCUUGUCCAUAUUCUGCCAAGAAAAUUUAUCUUAAUAGGGUUGAACAGGGACACAAGGGUUGGCCAGCAAGUGUAUUAUGUGAUGUGGUAGAUAUAGAGAAUAUAACUGAUGCUCUCAGAAAAGGACCAUAUGGUAAAUGUGUAUAUGACAAUGAUAAUGAUGUCAUGUCACAUCAGGUAGUGAAUAUGCAGUUUGAAGGCGGUGCUACGGCUACACUACAAAUGGUGGCAUUCACAAGUAAAAUAUGUGAACGUGAAGUUAAAAUAUAUGGCACCAAGGGAGAAAUUACAGUUAAUGAUGGAGCUUUACCUCCAAUUAAAGUCUUCAAUUUUCUGACACAUAAAUCAGCGAGUCAUUUUCCGGAGGAUGCAAUGGUAGCUUCACCUUUAAUGGGUCAUGGAGGAGCUGACUAUUACACUAUUCAAGCAUUCGUCAAGGCUCUACAUAAUGAAGACCAGGCUGAGAUCGAGACUGGGCCAGAUGAAACUCUUGCUAGUCAUCUGCUAUGUUUUGCUGCCGAAAGGGCGAGAAUAGAGAACAGAGUUCUCAAUCGAAAUAGCAAAGGAGAAUUUGAAUAGAGAGACAGAAAUGGGGUGGCAACAACCUACAACACUGUUUUGUUUAUAAUGUAUAAUACUACUAGGGAUAUAAUAAGCUAAACUAAUCCUGCUUAGUGUACAUUAUGAAGUCCAAUAUAUAUAUAUAUAUA